AUGCUGCGUUGUUCCAUUGCUGAAUUUUGGAAUGGUCCUUAUGGAGAUAUACUUUUACGUGUUUGUCUUACAUUAACAGCUGCUGCAGUGUUUUGUUAUAUUUUAAUAUUUAUUCGGCUUUAUUUUCGAAAAAAGGCUCCAACUACUCAAAAUAACGUUAAAAAACUUGAAGGAGUAAACAAAUCUAUAAUGAUUAUUUUAUUAAUGAUAAUUUUUGGAUGGAUAUGUACUUCUAUCAGUCGUCAAUUUGUUCCAAUAUUUUUUCCAAGUCCUUACCCUUUAGGUUUUAUAAUCAUGGAUUGUUUGGAUUUAGUUUUGAUUUUUGUUGGAUGUGCCAAUACUUUUGUUCUUUAUACUUGCAGGUUGGAAAAAAUGAAAAUUUGGGACAUUUUUAGACUACUUUGUUCGUAUCCCGCUCCCCACCCCUAUUUGAGCUACAGAUUAAUUUUCCUUCUUUAA